AUGUUCUGCGAAUACAUUUAUAAGGGAACUGCAACAGACGGAAGUUCGGUGAAUCCAUCGAGGGAAAAGACGGCAGUAGAUUUCAUGAUGACACGCUGUGUGACCAGAGCCGUAAUUCUCUGCUUGACUCUGACCGCAUGCCUCGGAUUAGAGCCGUUGCUGUGUCCAAGCGAAGAGGAGCGAGUUUCGUUCAUGGAGAUGCAGUUGCAAUCUAAAAAGCGAUGCACCGAUUUAACUCGGACGCACUGUUUGACGAUUGAUGAAGCUAUGCAACGAUGUCCAUGUACCUGUGAAUACUACCGAAACGCCUAUCUGGUCAGUGUUGACACCCACGAAGGCAACAAGCCUAUAGUCGGUUCGGACAAGAUACCUGCACGUACCUCAUAUCACCACGUAAAUACUGUAUUGUAA